UGAGAGGGACGCACGCAUGAGUAGGUUGUCCUCAACGCAGCAAAGACAGAACAAACUAAUGUAACUCCUCCACCUAGAAUACCAUAGAAAUGGUCAAAUGAGUAGCAGUCCUAUUCCUUCUCAUCACAGUUUGUAAUUCUGACAAGGAUAUGCUGCAUGUCAGGUGCAGGACAGGAAAGGGUCUGAUUCACACACUUCUCACAGGAGCUUCCUGUUUCCUCAGCUCUUACAUUCUACCAACAUGAAGCAUUCGUCACAUUCUUUCAUUAAAUGAAUGUAGCAAAGUCCUGUCCCAAUGGAAUACUGACAAUAUCACGGCUUGGCGUUGACUGUUGACAUAUGCUCCCAAAUGAGAUUAAGACAGGAAAACAUCACAGUUACACAGAGGGCCUAAGUUGCAAAACAAAAGCACAGUCUUUAUCCUAACCUGUUGAACGACUGCCCCAAGAUGGCAAACCCCAGCUCACUCUUGGUCACUGAUGGGGCAGUGCUGAGCCAGGUUGAAGUGGAUCAAUAUAUCCUCUCUGGCAUGGCUGAAGUGGAUACGUGUGAGUUGGGGUUCACUAGGAAGUAUGACCUCAUCCCAUCCAUCGUCUGCUCAGUAUGCUUUCUGUUUGGCCUCAUCUACUGCUUUUUUGGAUACCGCUGCUUUAAGAUGGUCAUGUUCCUGUCAGGCUUCAUGUUUGGGUCUGCACUAGUCUGCCUGUUGUACCAUAAGGAGCCUGUGCUGGAUACUCAGUUGACUAUGGAGACCAAAGCAGGCAUCCUCCUGGGAGUGGCUGUGCUCUGUGGCCUGGUGACUAUGCUAGUACAGACUGUGGGGCUCAUCAUUACUGGCCUACAUCUGGGUAGUCUGCUCACCCUUGCCAACUUGCUGGUUGUCGGACAGUUUUACAGCCUUACCCCACUAUGGGCGCCUCUCGGUGCCCUCCUGGCCACGAGCACCUUUUGUGCCAUUCUCACACUGCAGUGGCAGAAACUAUUCACUGUGCUCUCCACGGCUGCAGUCGGCGCCGCUGUGGUGAUGGCGUGCGUGGACUUCUUUGUGGAGACGUCGCUGCUGGCUGGCCAUGCGUACGACAUCCUGUCUCAGGUUCCCCCUCGCCCCCUCUGCUGGUACAGCUGGGUUAUAACAGGCGUAUGUCCUCUAUUCAGUCUGAUGGGGGUAGUGGUGCAAUGGAUGCUCACUGCCAAAGGAGUGUCCCACACAGAAGUACCUGUCAGUGGCCGACAAAGACAGGUCCAACUGAUGCGAAUCAGACAGAGAGAUGCCCAGAGACGACCCCAGCAGGGCACUUACCGCCAUCGCAAGCCUCCAAUCCUGAAGCGCUAUGCUGGAGACGUCCUGGCCCCAAGUUACAUCCAAAGCACUCGUGACCGCCAGAUGGGUUCAGGCUCCUCUACCAGCAGCAUCAUCAGCAACAGCACAGUCAACCACACCAUGAUAGACUUUGACUUUGAGACAGGCUCCAUGGUGCCCCUGACUGCCUCCUCCCUAGUCUAUAGGGUCUGAGGGAAGACCACCAAAUACUAGGCAUCACCUUCCAGUUCCACUGAGGUGCCCAACACUUGUCUCCAGCAGACCAUUCAUAGACUGUUUUUUGAGACGACAGACUGAUUCUAGAGAAGAUUCAACAGACUAAAUCACCUUGUUUUGUUUAUUAUUGACAGUCUUAAGGUAUCAGACAGUCAAUCGUAAUAUAACACAUUGAUCCUACUUCCAAUAAAUAAAAUUGCUUUAUUUUAGUCAGUUUGCUAAUAUACAUUUUUGUGAAGACAUCCAUUGUUACAGUUUUAUGCACAGUGUACAAGAGGGGGGAAUUCUACGUUUAGGGAUUUAUAUACAUUUUACAUGCCUUGCACAAGAGAUACAGUACAUAAAACAUCUGUGUAACUCUUGUGUUGUCAAAAUAAAUAAACAUACUUAAAUGUUACUAUAUUUCACCUCAGAGGGUUAGGUGAUACAUUGGCUAGGCUAUGCGGUAUGAAAGUCCUGUCUACUUCCGAUACGUUUUAUCUAUAAUUUCUCUUCAUUAUUUAUCUUCAUAUGACAAGCAUUAAAAAGGAUUUGCCAGUAGAU